AUGGCUGAUAGCAGCAGCGAAGAGGAAGAUCCCAAGUGGAAAGCCGCCAUCAACUCCAUAGCUACGACCACCGUUUACGUCGUUUCCGCCACCAAACCCGCAGCCGUGAAGAAGCUUUUGAUGGAGGACUUUGUGAAAGAUCCUAUAAAUGUUCCAGAGGAUAUAAAACCCGAGAAUGACUGUGACGGUCGUUUAUUUAAGCGGUGCUCAACUGGCAUAAUCUUUGAUCAUGUAGAUGAACUUGAAGGACCCAAAAAGAAGCCUAAUCUACGCCCUGGUAGAGAGGAUUUGAUGGAAGCUCUAAAGAGUUUAAGAAACGAAAAAAAUGACGGCUCAGAUAUUUUAUCUGCUGCUAUGGAAGCAGCUAAGAAAGCCUCCUAUAGAACUAGAAUAGAAGCAAAAGAAGCGGCUGCAAAAGCUAAAGCUAAGAAAGAACACUGA